GGUCCGGGAGGCCUCGGCCCUGCCUGGGCGGUGGGCGGGACGAGUCUGGCGCGCCGCCUCUCCGAGGUUCAGAUCCGCUCCGCCCGCCGAGCCCUCGACGCUGGCCGCCCGUGCGCGCGGGUCUCGGGCCGGCAGGCAGAGUAGCGAUGGACGCCCACCCGCGUGGAGUCCGCGUCACGGGGCCUUCGCAGCUGCCAGCGCCGCCCCUGCUGCUGCUCUUGCUGGUCCUCCCAGCGGCCAGCGCCUCGGAGGCAGAGCACCGUCUGUUUGAGCAGCUCUUUGAAGAUUACAACGAGAUCAUCCGGCCUGUGCUCAAUGUGUCAGAUCCUGUCAUUAUCCAGUUUGAGGUGUCUAUGUCUCAGCUGGUGAAAGUGGAUGAAGUAAACCAGAUCAUGGAGACCAACCUGUGGCUUAAGCAAAUCUGGAAUGACUACAAGCUGAAGUGGAAUCCCUCCGACUAUGAUGGAGCAGAGUUCAUGCGCGUCCCUGCACAGAAGAUCUGGAAGCCAGACAUUGUGCUGUAUAACAAUGCUGUUGGGGAUUUCCAGGUGGACGACAAAACCAAAGCUUUACUCAAAUACACAGGGGAGGUCACUUGGAUACCUCCAGCCAUCUUUAAGAGCUCAUGCAAAAUCGAUGUGACCUACUUUCCAUUUGAUUACCAAAACUGCACCAUGAAGUUCGGUUCCUGGUCCUAUGACAAGGCAAAAAUUGACCUGGUCCUGAUUGGCUCCUCCAUGAACCUCAAGGACUACUGGGAGAGCGGUGAGUGGGCCAUCAUCAAAGCCCCAGGCUACAAACAUGACAUCAAAUACAACUGCUGUGAGGAGAUCUACCCGGACAUCACAUACUCACUGUACAUCCGCCGCCUGCCCUUGUUCUAUACAAUCAACCUCAUCAUUCCCUGCCUGCUCAUCUCCUUCUUGACUGUCCUUGUCUUCUACUUGCCCUCUAACUGUGGCGAGAAGGUGACCCUUUGCAUCUCAGUCCUCCUCUCCUUGACUGUGUUUCUCUUGGUAAUCACUGAGACAAUCCCAUCCACCUCACUGGUGAUUCCUCUGAUUGGUGAGUACCUCUUGUUCACCAUGAUUUUUGUAACCUUGUCCAUUGUCAUCACUGUCUUUGUACUUAAUGUGCACUACAGAACCCCAACCACCCACACGAUGCCUACAUGGGUGAAGACCAUAUUCUUGAACUGGCUUCCUAGAGUCAUGUUCAUGACCAGGCCAGCAAACAAUGAGGGCAACACUCAGAAGCCAAGAUCCGUCUACGGUGCUGAGCUCUCUAAUCUGAAUUGCUUCAGCCGCACAGAGUCCAAAUGUUGCAAGGAAGGCUAUCCCUGCCAGGAUGGGAUGUGUGGCUACUGUCUCCACCGCAGGACAAAAAUCUCAAAUUUCACUGCCAACCUCACCAGAAGCUCUAGUUCUGAAUCUGUGAAUGCUGUGCUGUCCCUCUCGGCUUUGUCACCAGAAAUCAAAGAAGCUCUCCACAGUGUCAAGUAUAUUGCAGAAAAUAUGAAAGCACAAAAUGAAGCCAAAGAGAUUCAAGAUGACUGGAAGUAUGUUGCCAUGGUGAUCGAUCGUAUUUUUCUGUGGGUUUUCAUUCUGGUGUGCAUUUUAGGGACAGCAGGAUUAUUUCUGCAACCCUUGAUGGCAAGAGAUGAUGCCUAAGCACUAAAAUGUGUGUUUGAGGCUUGGU